AUGUCAGCCGACAAUGAUCGCGUGAGCGGGUUGCCGCACGAUAAGGCAGACCACACCGUCGACAUCGAGCCACACGAUGACAGAAAGAAUGAAAUCGACGCCGAGGACCAGUUCCCCCCCGAGGGCUGGUUCGAACGUCUCAAGGCCGAGUAUACUGGUCGGCACGGGGGCGAGACGCUGCCGGCCGGCUGCGAUCCGGAUCGCAUGGUGGCCGCCAUUCUGACCCUCAACGAAGACGAGUCUGUCCAGGUCCUCGAGGAUCUCCUCGUCAGCCAGAAAGAGGACUACACCAUCGAUCGCCAGAUGAUGGAGCGUCUUCGCCAGCUCAUCCGCGGCAACAAGGCCUGCGACAUGGAGCAGGGCGAGUGGGCGUACGAGGUCUGCAAACGUGCCGGCCUGUGUCACAACUGGUCCCCUUACGCCGAAGUUCGCGCCGUCACGUUGCCCUACGACGAUGCCGACGAGGCCUGUGAGAGCUUCCGCGCCUAUGUUCUGGGCUACUUCUGGGUCUGUGUCUGCACAGCGGUCAACACUUUCUUUGCUCCUCGUCAGCCGGGCAUAUCGAUCCCCGGCUCCGUCGUACAGCUCCUUCUGGUGCCCAUGGGUCGAGGUAUGGCCUGGCUGCUUCCAGACUGGGGCUUCAAGUUCCGCGGCACGCGCUACACGUUGAACCCAGGCCCUUGGACGAGCAAGGAGCAGCUGUUCGCGACCAUCAUCUUCACGGGUGCCUCAAGCAUCGGCAAUUUCACCGGUCUUCUCGUCCUUCGUAUGCCCGUCUUCUUCAACCAGCGCUGGGCCGGCUUCGGCUUCAACCUCAUGCUCGCGCUGGCGAACCAGGUAUACGGCCUCGGCAUGGCCGGUAUCCUACGGCGCCUAGCUGUCUAUCCCAUCGAAGCCGUGUGGCCCAAGACGCUGCCGACGCUCGCUCUCAACAGGACGCUCAUCAACCAAGACAAUAAGCGCGAAAAGGUCAACGGCUGGACCUUGUCACGCUACAGAAUGUUCGUCUGGUGUGGCAUCAUUUUCACCAUUUACUACUGGAUCCCCAACCAAUUCUUCGUCGGACUGCGUCUCUUCAACUGGAUGACGUGGAUCGCGCCGAACAACUUCAAUCUCGCCACCAUCACCGGAUCAUACGGCGGCAUGGGUUUCAACCCGAUCUCGAGCUGGGAUCCGAACGCGUCCGGCAUGGAUGCCAUGACAGCCCCCUUUUUUGCCCAGUUGCAACAUGCCUAUAACAUUUCCAAGGUCCUCAAUGACAACCAGCGCCUCGACGUGGACAAGUACCAAGAGUACGGCCCACCGUACUAUGCCAUCGCCAACCUGUUCGUGACGGGCGCCAACUUCAUUUACUACACCUUUUCCAUUGUCUACGUCUUCACCAAGUACUGGCGCCCCAUCAAGAAGGCGUUCGUCGGCAUGGUUGUCAACACAGUGAAGCGCAGGAGCGUCUACACGGGCUUCACAGACGGCCACACGAGAAUGAUGCGCAAGUACAAAGAGGUGCCGGAAUGGUGGUACGGCUGCGUCUUUGCCUUUGGCUUCAUCGUCUCCAUCGUCAGCCUCACGGCCUGGCCGACGCAGACCCCGUGGUGGUCGAUCCUUGGCGUGACAGCCAUUGGUGCCCUGCUGACCAUCCCCUGGGUUGUCAUCGAGUCCAUCGCCAGCACCGGCAUCCAGCUCAACGUCAUUUGGCAAGUCUUGCCUGGCGUCUGGUUCCCUGGCCAGCCGCUGCCGCAGCUCAUCAUCCUCAUGCUAGGCGCCGCCUUUGAGCAGAUGGCAGGCAGCUUCAGCGGCGACCUCAAGUACGCGCAUUACGCCGGCAUACCCCCACGUGCCGUGUUUCGCGGCCACGUCUCGUCCGUCGUCGUCAACUGCUUCAUCUACUGCGCCAUCCUCGAGCUUCUCAUGCUCUACGCCAACGAGGAUAGCAGCUUCUGCACCUGGGACAACAGGCAGUACAUGGUCUGCGCCUACGCCCACUCCAUCUGGUCCUCAACCAUCCUCUUCGGCGCCUUUGGCACCAACAACAUGUUCAAGCUCUACCCCGUCCUGCCGUGGUGCUUCCUCAUCGGCGCCCUCCUCGGCGUCGCCUGGAUCGUCAGCGAGAGGACCCUGCCACUCCUGCGCGCCCGCCUCCAGCGCCGCGUCGAGCCCGAGCCCUUUGCCCGCUUCGACCGCUACUUCUGGGCGCCCGCCUCCUCCAUCAUGGCGUGCCUCAACCCGGCCAUCGCCCUCUCGGGCGCCCUCAGCUGGGCCGGCAACAACAACCUCACGUACGCGACGCUCGGCAUCUACAUUGCCUGGUUCUUCCAGUUCUACCUCAAGCGACGCUACACGGCCUGGUGGGGCAAGUAUGCCUACCUCAUCUUCGCCGGUCUCAGCGUCGGUGUCGCCGUGUCGGGCCUCAUCGUCACGCUCGUCUUCUCCUUUGGGGCAGGCCAAGGGUAUCAAUUCGCCUGGUGGGGGAACGAGGUGCCGCGCGCCGGCGUCGACUUUCAACUCUACAACAAUAACGCCUCGCUAAAGGCACUGCCCGAAGAGGGGUAUUUCGGGUUGCGUCCUGAUCAGUAUCCCCUCAAUUGGUAGGGGAUUUAUGGCUCUGUUGGCGGCAGGGCGCACAGGAAAGGGCAGGAUUGGUACUGGGUUCGUAGGCAUUGAUGGUGAUGAUGAUGAUGUUUACAAGCCAACGUGGGCUUAUUAGCAUUAGAAAUAGAUGUUUGAACGGUUGCUUGGGGUA